AUGAGACUGGUAAUUAUUUUAUGCCAGCUUUGCUUCAUUCUGAGGAUCGAGGCCCAGAUACCAGACGCAUGCAUUGUUAGCGAUACAAACAGACCUCCAGAAAACUCUGACAUAACCGUGGUUUGCGGCACGGAGUAUAUGGACCUGAGCAUCUACCUUUGUCCGAUGUACCAAGCUCUUUAUAAUGAGUCUCAGAUGGUCCUCAAUGAUCAGAUAACCACACCGGAGUGUUAUGGGACUCCUGACUGGACUGUGGACCCACCAGUUUUAAAAUUCAGAUUCCCCCUGAAUGACAGUUCUAUCUCAUCCUGCAAUAAUAACUUUAAGAUAACAAACAAGGUCGGGACUGGAGAGUUUUCUGACUUCUCAAACGUCCAGUUCGUCAACAUCUCUGGCACUGUUACCUCUAUAGACCCCUCUGUGGCUAUGAUCACCUAUCGCUCGCAGAUCCUGUACAAGUUCUCCUGCUUCUACCCGAUGCAGUAUCUCAUGAACAACACCCAACUGGCUGUAUCAGGUGUGAAUCUUGCCAUACGAGACAACAAUGGUAGCUUCAUCAGCACACUGAGUAUGCAGCUCUACCAAGAUGAGCUCUACCUAGAGGAACUUGUUAUCCCACAAACAGGACUGAACCUUAAGACCAAGAUUUAUGUUGCGGUUAAGGCUACCAACCUUACCGACAGGUUCAACGUGCUGCUGGACAGAUGUUAUGCAACAACAAGUCCAUAUCCCGUGCUCAACACCCAUUAUGACCUCUUUGUAGGCUGUGAACGUGACGCUCAAACUAAGGUGGAACUCAAUGGGGAGUCCCAGAACGCACACUUCUCUUUUGAGGCCUUCAGAUUUGUGCAGCAUAAAAACCAGACGGUUUCCACUUUCUACCUGCACUGCAUCACCAGGCUCUGUGAGGUGUCCUCGUGCAGCCAAUUGCUGCCGGACUGUGGAUUGGCCGCGAGGAGAAAGAGAGAGGCACCGGAUGAGUCGGCCAACGCUACAAUCACCUCGCCUAUCAUUGUCGUCAGGAAACAACGCACUGGAGAAGCUCAAACUCUCUCUGCUUCUAACGGCUUGUCAUCUGAGGCUAACUACAGCGGCCCAGUGGUGGCUGUUAUUGUCUGCAUUGUCAUCUUAGCUAUUAUCCUUGUCGCCAUGGCUGCGUACUUUACGUUGUACAUCAGCAGAAGAAAACCAAUCAUCCAGUAA